AUGGCGCUCCGAGCCAGUACUUCGCCUUCAGGCGCUGCGACAGACGGUCCUCUUGUCUGGAUUGAUUGUGAGAUGACAGGACUAGACCCUGACACGGAGGAGAUCAUUGAAAUAUACUGCAUCAUCACCACGGGUCAUCUAGGAAUAAUCGAUCAAGAAGGGUAUCAUGCAGUUAUUCACCGUCCCGCCUCCCGAUUGGCCCAGAUGGAUGAAUGGUGUACUCGAACACACGGCGACUCUGGGUUAACCGCCGCCGUCUUGGCCUCAUCAACCACCCCGGAGCAAGCUGCCGAGGGACUAUACAAUUACAUCACGAAAUUGAUACCCGAGAAGCGCAAGGCACUUCUUGCCGGAAACAGCGUCCACGCCGACAGGGAAUUUUUGCGAAGGGAGCCUUAUGCCAAGGUUAUUAAUCACUUGCACUACCGCAUCCUGGACAUAAGCGCCAUCAAGGAGGCUUGUAGAAGAUGGUGUCCGCGGGAGAUUAUGGCUCAGGCACCGACCAAGAAGGGAAGACAUCUGGCUAGAGAUGAUAUUCUGGAGAGUAUCGAAGAGGCCAGGUAUUAUCGGGAAGCUAUCUUUCAGCGACCACCAUGA